UUAAUUUUUAAAAAAGUUAGUUUAAAAUUUUUUGAAAGUUGUGCCGUUGGAGAAUAUUAAUUCUUGUUGUGUCUUGUUGUUUUAGUUUAGCUAUUAAUAUAUUAGUUACUUGUAAAAUUUAUUAUAUUUCAUGUAUCUAUUGUAUGUAAGUAAUUAUCAUGUCCGAUCGAUAUUCUGAGAUAAAUCAAUCUAAACGAGAUGUUCCAUCUUUUAUUGAACCUAGACCACCGCUUAUAUCAAAUCCGUUCAUGCGCCCCCGACCGCAGAAGGGAACAAAUCUAAUGGAUCUUUUCGAAGAGGAAUCCAUAGUAUGUGACGAGCCUGAAUUAGUGCAAGUGUAUUUGCGGCUGAAACCUUGCAUUGCGCCAAGUGAUCUAUACGAAGUACGUUCUGAUCGUUGCCUAAUAACAUCUCUCGAUACCGCGACAGCUGGCCAUGGCCGACGAACGCAGCAUAAUGUGUCGAAAAUGUACACUUUCUCGCACAUAUUCAGAUCAGACACUACACAAAAGGAAAUAUUUGACCAUGUCGUCAAGGAUAAUUUAAAAAAGUUGCCUGAAGGUCGCAGCUUUACGUUACUUACAUAUGGAGCGUCAGGUUCUGGUAAAACCUACACCCUCAUGGGGACAGUAGCGUCACCAGGCUUAGUCCCUCGAUCUUUAGAAUAUGUCUUCAAGCUUGUGGAUGUUGCUAAAGUGCCAGAUUUUAAGCCGUCCGAAGGUGGCGUUGAUAGACUUAAUUAUGCUGAGCAGGAAUAUGAGUUACAGUGGGUGAAAAGAUUAAGAAAAGUGUCCGCUCCAUUAAGAGACAAGUACAAAAGAAUGAGCGCCCAAUUAUCCUGUAAUCAGUCAGUCAGUCAACUAGAUCUAUCCGCUCAAACUAGACAUUACGUAUGGGUAUCAUUCAUAGAGAUAUACAAUGAAGGGAUAUAUGACUUACUUGCUGCCAGGGAAAGAGGGAAUGCCACAAAACUUGUUAUCCGUGAGGAUUCCGGUGGAAAUGUCUACGUAAAGGGAGCGACGCAAGCAUUCGUGCGAUCAGGUGAAGAAGCGUACGACAUCAUGGUGGCCGGUAAACAUCAGCUGCAAGUUGCCGCUACGGGUGUACACGCGCAGUCCUCGCGAUCACACUGCAUAUUCACUAUCACUAUGGUCACGGAGACAGAUGGCGCCUGCAGCACGUCGUGCGUGCGCCUGUGCGACCUGGCGGGCUGCGAGCGCGCCCGGCGCACGCGCAACACGGGCGCGCGCAUGCAGGAGUCGCGCGCCAUCAACUCGUCGCUGCACGUGCUCGAGCGCUGCCUGCACACGCUGCGGCGCCGGCACGCGGGCCCCGCGCUCGUGCCCUACCGAGAAUCAAAACUAACCCGCUUACUUGGCGCCGGUCUAUCCGGGGCACGUGGGGAGGCCGUCAGUAUGGUGGUGACGCUGAACCCGGCGCAGGAAGAUGCGCAUGAGACAAGACACGUGCUGCAACUAGCUGCCGUGGCGAAGGAUAUACAAAUUAACAAUACAAUAUCUGAAUACCCGAGCUCACUCGAGAGCAGUACACGAGACACGACGAUAAGCUUCAAUUCGGAAAUCAUGAAAUUGCGCUCCGAUAAUGAGCGGCUUCACUUCGAAUUGAUUCAAGCACAAUCGCAAUACAAAAAACUGAUGGGUGCGAUGGAAGAAAGACAAGCGGCAAGCGCUGACACAAUGCGAGAAUUGGUUGAGGAAGCUAAAGAAAUGACAAAACAGUAUUAUGAAGCACAAUUAUUGGCUUUAAGAGCUGAGAUCGAAGAGAUGGCAGAAGAAUAUGAAAAUAAACUGAAUGAAUUAAGCAAGCGGUCAGUGCACAGCACUCCUUCAAGAGAUAAAAAGAUCACACAACUGAUGACUGAAAAUGCUAUUUUAGAAGAAAAACUAACGGCUGAAAGAUUAGCUCGCGUUUGGGCAGAAGAAGAGGUGCAACAUUUACGCGCUUGUAUUGAAGAAAGAGAUGGAAAAGAAGAAGAGGAUUUGGCAAGUGGAGAUGUUAUGUCAGUCACUGAAACAGACAGCGAAUCUGAAGUAGACGAUCCCUGUAAUGAAAGCCUCGAACCGACUUUCAAAAAGGAGGACAUAGAAAGGUCCAGAAUAAGACAUAAUAUUAUAAGCGAUAAGCAAGAAAACAGCAUUUCAAGUGAAGCUAGUGUUCUAGAAAAAUCUGAUGAUACACUAAAAGACGAUAGUUAUAAUAGCAUUGAGCAUGCCUUUACAGAUAAUGUUCUAGUUACAUGUAAGAAAGCAAGUAUACGUAACACAAUUGAUAUAGUUAAAGAAACAAUAAAUUGCGAAUCGUCCCCAGACAUUACGAAGGAAAAAGAAAUUCAAUCUCCCGAAGCUUGUGCAAUUGAUCAUCUAAAUAAUGACACAACAAAUGACGUAAGCGAAGAAUUAACUCAACAAACACAUGAUCUUGUUCAAGUAAAAGUGAAUCAAAAAGAAAGUUACUUCUUUAAAAAAGAAGAUAAUGUUAGUAUUGAGAAGAAAGAUUUACGCGGGACCUAUUGUGUUUCCAAUACUGAUACGAGUGAUGAUUAUGAAGACGCUCAUGGCUCAGAUAAAAUAAAUAAUGAUACUGCCAAUAAGAGUAUAGACGAAAAAGAAGAUAUUGUUCCCGAGAUCAAAAUAGCUAAACAUACAGAUAUAAUGAAAACAGAAUCAAUUGUUAACAAGAUAAUACAAAGAAACUCGAACAAAAGCAAUAAUUCCUUGACUCAAUUUGAACAACUUGAACUAGCAACGAAAUCGUGUAAUGAAGGUAAUAAGAAGGAAUCUAAAGAAUUUGGCAACAUUAAUUUAUUGAAAGAGAAAAGAACAAAUUAUUUUGACAAUGACAACCAUUCGGAUUACAAGUGUUCCGCUAAAUUAGAAAGUAGAAAAGAUUAUUUUGCGGAAUCUUCAAAGGAUAAUAGAAAUUUAGAUGAAGUAAAACGGAACGAUGAUUAUAGAUCUCCAUCUAUAGUGAAAGAUGAAGUUACAGGCGAAUAUGAGCCUAGUAUGAUUAAAAAGUUAUUAGGCAAAAAUCUUAAUCAUAUAGAUGUGCCAUCAGCGAAUAAAAACACUCUGCGUAUUUCAACCGAUUCUGUUGACCUAUUCGAAUCCCCUCAUCCGACAACGAAGAACUUAGAAAGUGAGGAAUUAAUACGAAAAUCAAUAGAUAAUAUUGUUUUGACUGAUAAUUCUAAUACUGUUGAAAAAUCUGCCGAAGUUGUUAAUACAGCUACAAAAGUUAAUAAACAAUCACUUAAAGAAAUUAAACCACCCUUAAUGAGUUCAAAGGAACUGGAAGAAAUUAAUAAGAAAAUUGUUAAAGAUUAUGAAAGCCGCGCUCUUAAAAGUAAAAUAGCUAACACAAUUAUAAAACUCGAAAAAGCUUCACCAGAUAUUUUCAAACAACCUUUAACAUUACUAAAGCAAAAAGAACUUGAUGUUGUACAAUAUAAAAUCGAUAUUCAAAAGGGCAAAUACAAUACUGAUCAAGAAAAGAAACCAAAAUCAGAACCAGCUGAUUUAUCUCAAACUAUAGCAAAUACAACAGUAAAUAAUACACUAGAAGAUUUUGAAAAUAUCUACAAGGAGGGAACAGUACCGCGAGCGACUGAGUUCGAACUACUCGUCUCACAGACAAAUGAAAACGAAAAAGAAUCAACGGAAACGGAAUUAAAAUAUAACUUGCGUAAAAAAUCACAACGAACACGAAGAGAUUGUAAAGCGAACUCCAUUGAAGAGAAAGACGAUAUAAAAACUGAUAAAUGCAAAAACGAAGAUAUAUUGCUAGAUAGUAACGCAAAAUGUGAAAGUAGGAGACCAAAACGCAACUUAAGAUUGCGUAGAGUUAAGAAUUUCUAUCUAGAAGACACGGAAGAAGAUAGAGACGACAAAUUGAAGGAUAUAGUUAAUUUGCAAAGUGAAUUCUCCGAUGUGACAAUGAACGUGCCGGCUCCUGAUAAAGUGGUUAAUGAUAUUCCUUCGCCAGAAAAAGUGGAUGAAAAUGUACCGCCUCUGAUGGGUGUACAGAGCUGUCCUGCUAGAAGUAUCACUAGAAGUCGCAGGAAGUUGUUCACCCCAAGAGCGGAACCAUUAGAUGAAAGUCUAUCCCAAACAGGCGAUAGUAACGAGAGGAUACGCGUGCCGAGACCGUCCUACCAUAGACCUAGAGCAAGGAGAAAGCUGUAGAAAAAAUAAAUUGUCUAUGACAAAUUUUUCGAUUGAUAUUUUAAAAUGAAUAAUGGAUUUUGUUCAAAUUUUACUUAAUUUUUUUCUGUGACAUAUAACAAACAAUUACAAUUGGUUCUGGCAGCGCAAUAUUAUUUUGGAUUUAUUCAUAUAUAAUUUAAAAAUAUGUCUUAUAAAUAGACUGAUUGAUUAAAAAUUGUGUACAUAUAAUAUAAUUAAACUGACAUAUAAUUUUUAACGUUUAUAAAUAAAAUUACUGUAAA